UAAAAAAUGAAAACAAUAUCAAACAAACUUCUCUCUUUUGUAAAUUCCUUUGAAGAGGGGAAGCGUACCUCUGUCUUGGGGACCUCCUUCACACCAACAACUCUAGGUACUUAAAAGAAGCUUCCAUGUGAAGAGUGGAUGCAUCCCCUCUUUUCCUCGUCACAUGAACAUUACACCUUAUGUGUAUGUUUUUUGGGACGAACAAAAUUAAAAUCUUGGAGGGCAGUGUUUUAAAAGCCGGGCGCAUUGUAGGGCAGGCGUGCGCCUAAGUCUGAGGCGCAACCUUGCACUUGGAAUAGGUCAAAGUGAGGCGCAUUACGCAAGGCGCAGCUUAGGUGCUGAGGCGAGGGCUUUUUUUCAAGGUGCGAGGCGUGGGCUUCAUGGGCUUUACCUAUUUUUCUACUCAAAUUGUUGAUUAAGUGCUUUUUUUGUGGGCAUACCCACAGGGAUUGAAAACUCUUGAAUAUAAAAUGACCAAACAUAGUCAAAAGAGAGCAGAAAGUGAUAAAAUAUUGAAUGUUAUGCUUUAUAUCUUUUGUUGGAUAUUAUAUUUCUAGUUUUUAGAAGAUUGAAUGUUAUGUUUAAAGAUUAUCGGAAAUUGUUAUAAUUUUUGAAAUUCUAUAUAUAUUUGUUAUGUUGAGAAGUUUGCCUAUUUUAUAAUUUUGGUUUUCUUCUACUACUUGCGCUUUGCUUUGGUGAGGCGUGCGCCUCACCUUGUGCCUCGCGCUUGGGCUAUAGGAGAUCUUAUCGCCUCGGUGCACCUAGAGCCUUUUAAAACAGUGUUGUAGGGUGAGACAAGAAGACUUGAGAUAAUUUGACAUUAAGACAUAAGACCCAACAUGAAUGACUUCAGGGACUGGGAGAGCAGCAAAAAUCGCAUGGGCCUGGAAACCAUAAUCCUUCACAUAAGCACUUGCCAUUGCGUCAUCAAAAGGCAGGCUCCAAGCGUAAUCCAAAUGGUGUACCUCCUUUUCCUGUACCCUUACCCUAUCACCAACCCCCAAUGCCUCCGGUUUUUCACGGUAUGGUACCUGUGCCGCAUGCACCAGUUUCAGGAUAUGCUUACCCACCAUACCCUGUACCCUUUCCAGGUGUUGAAACUAACAUGGUGAAGUCUGGUUCUGAGACACCUAUGCACUCUUUUGUUCCGCCUGCUAAUGGUAUAGAUGCAAAUAGAACCCUCCAGCCUCCACCUCGAGGUGAUCCAAAUGCAUAUGUUGCCCAAUUUUGUAAUAGAAGACCUAAUGUGCAAGAAACUGGUGGCCGUUUUAAUCCUGCAUGGCAUAAUCAACGAGCGUUUGGUUCUAGAGACAAUUUUGUUGUGCAACAGAGUAUUGGGCCACGGACUUUUGUAAGGCCUCCUUUUUUUGGUCUGGCUCCGGGCUUCGUUGCUGGACCAAGCUUUCCUGGUCCUCCUGGAUCUAUGUACUAUCUUCCUGCAGCACCUCCUGGCCCUAUUAGGCUACCUCAGCCUCCACGCUUUGUUCCGCAUCCUUUGAAUACCAUGGCUUAUAUGGCAACCCCCGAGACAUUAGGUUUGAGAGCCAACAUAGUGAAGCAAAUUGAGUAUUAUUUCAGUGAUGGAAAUCUGCAGAAUGAUCAUUACUUAAUUUCUUUAAUGGAUGACGAAGGUUGGGUUCCAAUAUCCAAAAUUGCUGAAUUUAAGAGGGUGAAGAAAAUGAGUACAGACGUAUCAUUUAUCCUUGAUGCUUUGCAGACUUCUUCUACUAUUGAAGUGCAGGAUGGCAAGAUACGAAGACGCGACGAGUGGCCAAAGUGGAUUCGAACUUCAACAGAGCAGAAAUUAUCCUCAACAGCUCUUAGGCCCCAGGGACAAGCUGCAGAGAAGGCUACUGUUGCUUCAAAGAAUGAGUUUGAUAAGAAGAGUGAUGAGAAGCUAUCAAAUAAUGAGAAUAUGGAGGAGAACUUAUCAGCAGACAGAGAAGUUAUAGAAGUAUCAGCUAAUAGUAAUGCCGAACAGAACACUGAGAAGGCUCUGUUUGAUGGUGGAACACAAGCCUUUGGUGGAGAAAAUGUUGAUUUAAGCAAGGGAUUGAAUUCUGAGUUAAAUAUACACUUCUCAAAUCUUGACUCCAUUGGAAGUGCACCCAGUCCAGAUUUCUCACAAGGAAUGGAGCCUGCAAAAUAUGUUCAUCAUGAAAACCAUGAAAUGGAAAGCAUGGACGUAUCAUCAGAUUUGGCUGUACAAAAUCUGGACAACCUAGCUAAUGAUUUUGCAAACACAUUCAUGCUUGAUGAAGAGCUAGAACUUGAGCGAAAAACUAUUAAAAAGGAUAAUCUUUCUUCAGUAAGAAGGAUUGAUGAUGAAGAUGAAGAGAUGGUUGUCAAUGAUCAGGCUGUUGAGAGGCUAGUAAUUGUCACCCAGAAUAGUGGAACAGGUGGAGGAUCUGGAAUUGGUGUAAACGAGUCAAAGUCCAUAUCUAAUGAGCUUGCUUAUGCUAUAAAUGACGGCCUUUACUUCUAUGAGCAGGAAUUGAAAGCUAAGCGAUCUAAUCGUAGAAAAAAUUCAAGUAGUGAGAGUAGAGAUGGGAACAACAAAUCCUCCAGUGUUGCUGUGGCAGCUACAAAUUCAAGGGCUAGUGAACAUUCAGCGGGUAGUAGUGGCUGUGAAGGGCCUGGAAAUGCUAAUUUCCGAAGGAAACAAAAUAAAGGCUUUUCCAAGCAGCAACAACGGUUAUUUCCUAGCAACUUUAAAAAUCAUGGAACUGGCCGUAAUUCUGGUGUUAUAUCCGAGAGUCCACCUAGUUUUUCAGUUGGGUUUUUCUUUGGUUCUACGCCUCCUGAAAGUCAUGGACUGAGGUCGUCAAAGUUGAGUGCUUCUCCUCAUGUUAAUCUUUCUGGAAACAGUCCGCCUGUUGGUUCCAUGCCAAAGCCAUUUCCACCAUUUCAGCAUCCAAGUCAUCAGCUGUUGGAAGAAAAUGGCUUCAAACAGCAAAAGUACCUGAAAUAUCAAACGCGGUGCCUUAAUGACCGAAAGAAAUUGGGAAUUGGUUGCAGUGAGGAAAUGAACACAUUGUACAGGUUUUGGUCAUAUUUCCUUAGAAACAUCUUUGUCCCCUCUAUGUACAAUGAAUUCCGGAAAUUGGCAAUGGAAGAUGCAACUGCUAAUUAUAAUUAUGGAGUAGAAUGCCUUUUCAGGUUCUAUAGUUAUGGAUUGGAGAAGGAAUUCAGAGAGGACCUCUACCAGGACUUUGAGCAGCUGACCCUUGAUUUCUACAGUAAAGGAAAUCUUUAUGGCCUUGAAAAAUAUUGGGCAUUUCACCAUUAUCGAAAAGCUGGUGAACAGAAAGUACCGAUAAAGAAGCAUCCGGAAUUGGAUAGGUUGCUGAGGGAAGAAUAUCGGAGCUUGGAUGACUUCCGUGCCAAAGGGAAGGCUAAUUUGGCAAAAGAGGAUAUAAUCAAUAGCCCGCGCGGCAGUGAUGCCUUGUCUUCUUCCCCGGGCACUAUUAUUAGGAUGAGAAGUUAUCGGGUGGUCCAAGAUAGCUUGUGCUGCAAGAGCACAUUGAUUGGUGAAUGGUUUGAUGAAUGGACAGUAAUGGCUUGACAUAACCUCAUCAGCAGGGGGGUUAAGCAAUGGGAAUUGAAUACCACGUGGUGUUGCUCUGAGUUCAGAUUUGUUGAAGUUAGAAAAUUGCAAUUUUAAAAGUGAAGUUGGUGUAUUAUGAGACUAAUCUGUCCUCGUAUUAAUGAUUUGAACUGUUUAUUUUAUACAAUAAGUUAAGUUGUUCAGAUAUAAAUAAUUAUAUAAUUAAAUUAUAUAUAUAUACAUGUAGAUAUAUUAUAACA